CGGAGCGAGCUUAUGCGGCGGCGCAGGCGGCAGGGUUGUCUACAUGGAGGUACAUGUCUUCGAGGAAAUACACGGGGAGUUGAACGCAUUUGGGUUGAAACAUGGACCGAUCAUGUGUCUCCGCUCCACAUCUGACUGAGAAGUAAGCUGCCCCAAGCCUGCCGUAAGGACUGUAUGCUUGGAGGUGCGUGCUUCUUCACCGCUACUUCUCCAGCUUAAACACACCUUGACAGGAUGUCGGUGAGAGAGCGACAGCGUCCAUGGUCUGUGUACAGAGCUUCCACACUGGACAUCUCCUCUGAGAUGCUUGGCCUGGCACUGGCAGGGAAUAGUCAAGACCCAGACGAGCCUGUGUUGGAGUUCAGCCUCGCCUGCAGUGAGCUGACUACUCCGAGUUUGGACCGUAAACCCAACAGCUUUGUGGCUGUGAGCUGUACAACUCCACCUCAAGCCUUCUGGACCAAGCAUGCACAGACGGAGAUCAUCGAGGGCACGAUGAAUCCCGUCUUCUUAAGCAGUGUGGCCUUCUUCCAGGAUUCCUUCAUCAAUCAGCAGACGCAGAUCAAACUUUCUGUGUACGACGUGAAGGACCGCUCGCAAGGCACGAUGUAUUUAUUAGGCUCAGCGAUGUUCACCGUGAAAGAACUUCUGCAGGACAAGAACUACACACUUCACAUGCCACUCAGUUCAGCGGAAAAUGUGCGCGUGGGGGAUAUCAGAGUUACCGCCUGGCAACUGGAGGAGAAGCGGGAACAGCGGGCACCACUAACCCAUCUACCAGACACCAUUAAUGGCAGGACGGUCCUCGCUGUCGAUGAGAGUCUGACGGAAUCGAUAGGAAUCCGAGCCAAAUAUGCCUCUUUGAGUAAAGACACACUCCUGCGAUCAGUGUUUGGGGGAACCAUGUCCCGUAUGUACCGCUUCCCCACCACUGACGGGAACCACUUACGCAUUCUGGAGCAGAUGGCAGAGAGUGUGCUGUCUCUCAACGUCCCACGACAGUUUGUCAAACUACUGCUGGAAGAAGACGCUGCCAGAGUAUGUGAGCUGGAAGAGUUGGGGGAAUUAUCUCCAUGUUGGGAGAAUCUCAGGCGGCAGAUCGUAACACAGUACCAGAGCGUUAUUCUCACCUAUCAGGAGACGCUGAAACACCUGCAGGACUACAAGGGCCCCUCAUUCAAAGCAAGCAACCUCAAAGCUGACAGGAAGUUGGAGUUCAUGUCCACUAACCUCCACAUGCAGAGGAUGAGAGUGCAGGACGACUCUGGGUUUGAUCACACAUAUGAUGUGGUGACAAUCGGCGCUCCAGCAGCUCACUGUCAGGGCUUUAAGAACAGUGGCCUGCGGAAGCUCAUCCAGAAAUUCGAGGAGGCCAAGAAACACAGUUCUUUGAGCAGCUCCCAGUCCAUCAUGUACAUCCCUCAGGACAUCGUCCACGCCAAAGAGAUCAUCUCACACAUCAACACUCUGAAGACUCAGGUCAGUUACUACGCCGAGCGCCUCUCCCGCGCCGCCAAGGACCGCUCCGCCAACGGCCUGGAGAGAACACUCACAAUACUGGCAGACAAGACACGGCAGCUUGUGACUGUGUGUGACUGUAAGCUACUGGCAUCAGCUGUGCAGGCCCUAAACGCCGCCAGGCCAGAGUACAUCGCCUCCAAGAGCUCGCCGUCAGCCGACUCGGAGCAUGUGGUGCUACGCAAUGACCAGGAUACACUGCUAGCCAAGUGGAGCAACAACCGUUCAUCCCUGCAUGCCGACUGGCACGAAGAGGAAUGGGAGAAGGUGUGGGUGAACGUGGAUAAGAGUCUGGAGUGCAUCAUCCAGCGGGUGGAUAAGCUGUUGCAGAGAGAACGAUUGCGCAGCAGCAGUGAGGACAUGUUCCAGGCCGACCAACAGAGCGCUGUUCCUAAGAAAGGUAACGAGAGGUGUCAAGCGUUCUGGAUCAACCCAAUCUGCACGAAUGAGUGUCCAUCAGAGGCUUCACCGGAGCGGUUUUCUUCAUCUUCAUCACCGCCUUCACCUUCGUCCUCAUCAUCCCUGCCUGCUCUGAAUCCUGCAUGUCCCCUUAAAACAGAAAUUCAAGCCUAUUGCAGUAGCAGCAGAGAGGAGAGUUACCCAGGUGAGUGGAGUGAGGCACUGUAUCCCCUGCUAACAACGCUAACAGAGUGCGUGGCUAUGAUGAGCGACAAGGCAAAAAAGUCAAUGGUGUUCCUGCUAAUGCAAGACAGAGCACCGACCAUCGCCAUGGACCUCAGUGUGCAGUACCGCCGAGACGUGGUCUUCUGCCAGACACUUACUGCGCUUAUUUGUGGCUUUAUUAUUAAACUGAGGAAUUGUCUCCGUGACGACGGUUUCCUGAGGCAGCUAUACACCAUUGGACUGCUUGCUCAGUUUGAAAGUCUACUGAGUACAUACGGAGAGGAACUAGCCAUGCUUGAAGACAUGAGUGUGGGGAUCAUGGACUUAAGGAACGUAACGUUUAAGGUGACCCAGGCUGUGUCGAUGUCCUCUCCGGACAUGCUGCCAGUAAUCACGGGGAACCGCGACGGCUUUAACGUGCGCAUUCCACUGCCAGGGACCAUGUUCGACGCACUGCCACGGGAAAUUCAGAACGGUAUGCUGCUGCGCGUACAGCCCGUUCACUUCAACGUCGGCAUCAACGAGCAGCAGACGCUAGCCGAGAAGUUUGGGGACACGUCCUUGCAGGAGAUCAUUAAUUCUGAGAGUCUGGGGCGUCUGAAUUCCUACUAUGAACAGUUCAAGGAGGUGUUACCAGAUGACUGCCUCCCUCGUUCCCGUAGUCAGACGUGUCUUCCCGAGCUCUUGCGUUUCCUUGGUCAGAAUGUUCAUGCCAGGAAAAACAAGAACGUUGACAUCCUUUGGCAGGCUGCAGAGAUCUGCAGGCGACUAAACGGUGUGCGCUUUACAAGCUGUAAGAGUGCGAAGGACCGCACAGCCAUGUCGGUCACACUAGAGCAGUGUCUUAUCCUGCAGCACGAGCAUGGCAUGGCACCACAGGUCUUCACUCAGGCCCUCGACUGUAUGCGGAGUGAGGGUUGCCGUCGUGAGAACACGGUGAAGAACGUGGGAUGUCGCAAGUAUGCUUUCAACUCUCUCCAGCUGAAGGCUUUCCCUAAGCAUUACCGCCCUCCUGAGGGGACGUUCGGAAAAGUGGAGACGUGAGCACCAGGACCAGGCUUGUGCAAAACAAAGAGAUUAAUCUGAAGUGGAUGAGUACAUCAGAGAAAGAAAAACAAUCAGUGUGUAGCUGAUAUGUAAAAUAUGCUGUAGUCAGUCUAGACCUCACACUGAUCUUGGUAUGUGAACCUCUUGAGACACACUCAGCGCGUCACACAUUUCUGAUCCUACCUUUAAAUGAAUGCACACGAGCCAUUCUUAGUUCGAAAUGAAUAAUUAUUAACCAUUCCACAAUUAUUCCCGGAUUAUUAGAGCAUUGCCGAAAGCACAUUAUUCCGAUGUAGUGUCUUUCCAUAGGUUAAUAUUAAUAAUAUUAACUACAGUAGGGUCCAAACUUUAGAGCUUAAUAGACACAGAUGCAAAAUUGUGAGGGUUGAUCUAUAUGUUCUUGGCGGUCUGGGAAACCCUUCACGUGGUGACAUUUUCAACUAAAUGAAGUUUCCACAACCACAGUUUAGAAAACUUACCUGAACUGAAAUAUAGUGAAAUGAGAAAAAAAAAAUUACUUUUAAGGUAAGUCACUCUAGACUGUUCUUCUGAGGUAAAAGUCACUCAUGGCAUUUGGUAAACAUUUGGUAAACUUUUUUUUUUUUUUUUUGCGGCCAAAAUGCUUGAUUUUUCAAAAAAUAUGUUUGGGCUUUAUUUUGCGCUAAACUACUUGAAUUGGCACAAUUGCACGAAAUUGUUUCGCACGGUCUUUCAAAGUGAUGUUUGUUGGUAAACGAGACCUUUUAGCUGUACUCAUGUUCGACACGAACAUGAAUCUUUGAUUGUAAACUGUAAACAUUGAUUCUCAUGAAUCAAAGAGUACGCUGGCGUUGUGAUGACGUCACAUGGCGAGUGAGUUAGCACAUUCGCCUCACACCUCCAGGGUCUGGGGUUCGAUUCCCACUGUGGCCUGUGCUCCGGUUUCCUCUCCAAAGAGGGGUUGAGAGUGGGUUGAUUGGCAUGUCCAAAGUGUCUGUAGUGUAUGAAUGGGUGUGUGAAUGUGUAUGUGAUUGUGCCCUGCGAUGGAUUGGCACCCUGUCCAGGGCAUACCCCGCCUCAUGCCCGAUGCUCCCUGGGAUAGGCUGUUUCCCCGUGACCCUGAAAAGGAUGAGCGGUAUAGAAGAUGGAUGGAUGGAUGGAUCUAUCGUUCUUCAACAUGACCAGUAACUUGUCAUUAUGUGUGUUAGGAAAGCCUACUUAGCGAUUUAGCAAUUAAAACAUCAUCUUUAGGCAGACUGAUCGUUUAUACAGUACAGACAUGUUCAUUAAACUGGCUCUUUAUUUAGCUAAAGUGAUCUCUGCAGGCAGAAACCACAUUGUUUUAAUGAAAUAUUUUUUUUCUUAAAUCAGAGGUGUCACAGCCUGUUCUAGGAAGAAACAAAGAACCAGUUCUAUUUAAAACCUGACGUUUUGUCGUUUUGGGCUGCCCGAAUUCAGUCACAUCGCCAUCUGAUGGGUUUCCCCAGACCCCCACACAUUCAUUCAUUUAUAUUGAUACACCACAAACAAAUAACAUUUUGGCUCCUUGUGUAAUCCUUGUGUGCAAUUUAAAAGUGUCCAUAUCUAUUCAGUAUCUAUUCACACACCAUUUCCUUAAUUUCUUACAUCAGUAAUCUUGUUUGUACGGAAGCCCUAAGCGGCCAUGCGUUCUUCUUCUUCUUCUUCUUCUUCUUCUUGUUUUCUGGUGAUCACGACUUAAUUUUUCCUGUGUACUCGACAUAACAUUGUUUUUACUGUUCUUGAAGGCUUAGCGCAAAUCCUCAGCACCAUGGAUGAACAAAUUAGUUUUUACUUUGACCAGGGACUCCCUCAAACUCAAACAUCUCUAUGUCUGUCAGUGAUUAGUGUCCGACAUUUCAGAAGUGGGCGUCCUCCUUUCUUAAUGCAGAGAUAAAGUCCAUCUCUAAAGCGGGUAAUUAUUACCUUUGUGAUGGCGAUGGCAAAGACACCAACGUGCAUGCGACACCAGUUCCGUUCACAAGAUGUGAGAUUUUCUCCUGAUAAAAUUAAAUUGUGAGAAGACGGCUUUUUUCUUAGGUGGAGAUCACAAGAACAUUAAGUUGAGUUCACGAGAAAACAAAAAACAAAAAAAAAAUAAUAAUGAUACAUGGCCGCUUAGGACUUCCGUAUAUUUGAAUGAAAGAGAAAAAAACAUUUCUCGGUAAUGGACCGAACUCUGUGUUUCAGCUCAUAACCUCAAAGAGGGCUUUAAUCAUUCUUAGUGUACUUUACUUUUCUCUAAACCCCUCAAGACAGUACACACACUCGCUAAUUCCUUUUGCUUCUCCACAUCUUUUCCACCUCAACUCUCUAUCCUUCACGUGUCAGACUUUAAUACUGUAUGAAUCUGAUAUACACUCUCAAAAAUAAAGAUACCAAACUACUUAUCAUCGUCGCUGAUUUGGUGGUUCCACCAAGGUUGCAUCUUUUGUACCUUUAGUAUGUAUCUUUUAUCUGCAAAUGCGAAUAUCAUAGACCUUGAAAAUAAUGCACGGUACGUAAUUGGACCUUAACGCCCACUAAUGCAUCUUUAAAAGCUUUAAAGCUCAUUAAAGGUGCACCAGAUGCAAUGUAUACACUAAAGGUGCAAACAUUGUCCCCUUGAUUGCACCACCCCAGCAAGUUUUCAAGAGUGUAAGGGUCUUAAUAUAUUACGUAUCAUGAAUCGGAGAUCAUGAUAGAAAAUUAUGAUACUAAAGUAGCAAUAUAUUAUUCCUUCACUUCGAGUCUCUCCUGUGAGGUUUCGUUUGAAAUUCUUGAGAUUCAGUGGCAAAUCCCCAUGAUCACCAUGAUCAUGGUGUCCACACACACACACACACACACACACAUCCAUCCACUCAUACUUAUAUACUAUAAUAUGUGUCAUAGUCAUAUAAUAAAUUUAUUAUAUUUAUAGCUAUAUUCAGAAGUUUGGGGAGUGUUUGGAUUUAUAAAUAUUUUGGCGUGCAUUAUGUUGUUUAACAUAGUAAGAAUGUGAUUUGUAGGAAUCGUGCUGUUCUCCAGACCUCAGAAAAAAAAAAGCCUUCAUUUCAUGAAAAUAUCAUAACCUUGUAAUGUCCAGGAAUUCAUUUUCUGCUGAUUUUUAUUUUGAAUUUCUUUCUUUCUUUUGUUUUGCUGCAGCCAUAUGCAUGAAUGCAAUCCGUGUGUUCAGAUAUCAUAUCAUAAAGUGUCUCAUUCACCUUCAUAUUAAUCUGCAAAGCAGUUAUCCAGAGCGCAAUUCACUACUGUCGUUUUUAUUUUUGUCCAGCACCGUGUUACCGUUCGACCUCAGCUGGCAACCGUCAGCCCGACUGUGAAAUGCAAGUUACGCAUUGUUGCAUUUGUUAUUCUUAAAUUUACUUGAGACAUUUUUACUCAUGCAUUUUUGUAUCAUUGCCGUUGUUAAUUUUGUCUUAAUUUUACACACGUUGAUGGGUUUGAAUGACUAUAGUCUAUAAACCCUAAUGUAUUUUUAAAAUAUUACGUUCCCAGAUAUUUGAACUUGAUUUGUAUUUAUUCCUGUCUUACUCAAUUGCAUCUUUUAUUAAGCUGACUAAGAUGUCUACAUGAGUUCUGCUGUACAAUAAGCUGUCAUCAAUAUAUGAUGCCAUUAAAAGAAAAUUAUCUGCCAUAA